ACGAAGCGCUUCCCGACACCGUGGGUCGGCGGAAGAUGGCGGCCGCCGAAAGGGGUUGGUGUUUGUGCGAGUUAUUGAGGUUUUUUUAUUCAUUAUUCUUCCCUGGGCUAAUUGUAUGUGGAGUUUUAUGUGUGUGUUUACUCAUUGUCCUUUGGGGAAUCAGACUGCUGCUACAGAGAAAGAAAAAGUCGGGCUCAACUAGCAAAACUGGGAAAAAUCAAACGGUGAUUGCAUUUUUCCAUCCCUACUGCAACGCCGGCGGAGGAGGAGAAAGAGUGUUAUGGUGUGCCUUAAGGGCUCUGCAGAAAAAGUAUCCUGAAGCAGUUUAUGUUGUUUACACUGGUGAUGCUGAUGUCAGUGGUCAACAGAUACUGGAAGGUGCUUUCAGAAGAUUUAACAUCAGAUUAACUUGCCCAGUGAAGUUUGUUUUAUUAAGGAAGCGCUACCUUGUGGAAGAUGCACUCUAUCCUCAUUUCACACUGCUGGGCCAAAGUCUGGGAUCCAUUUUUCUUGGCUGGGAAGCUCUGAUGCAGUGUGUUCCCGAUGUUUACAUUGAUUCUAUGGGCUACGCUUUCACACUUCCUCUGUUUAGGUAUUUAGGCUGUUGCCGAGUUGGAAGCUAUGUUCAUUAUCCCACCAUCAGCACGGACAUGCUCUCUGUAGUGAAGAAUCAAAAUGUCGGAUUUAACAACGCAGCCUUCAUCACCAGGAAUCCUUUUCUCAGCAAAGUAAAGCUUAUCUACUACUAUUUAUUUGCUUUUAUAUAUGGGCUUGCUGGUUCUUGCAGUGAUGUCGUCAUGGUCAAUUCUUCUUGGACGCUAAACCAUAUUCUCUCACUGUGGAAGGUUGGGAAUUGCACUAAUAUUGUUUAUCCACCUUGUGAUGUACAGACGUUUCUGGACAUUCCCUUACACAAGGAGAAGACAACCUCAGGACAUUUACUGGUUUCGAUUGGCCAGUUCAGGCCUGAAAAGAAUCAUCCUUUGCAGAUCAGAGCCUUUGCUAAAUUGCUGGAUAAAAAGGAGGCUGAGUCACUUCCUCCACUUAAACUUGUCCUCAUUGGAGGUUGUCGUAACCAAGACGAUGAACUUAGGGUAAACCAACUGAGAAGGCUUUGUGAGGACCUGGGAGUUCAAGAAGACGUGGAAUUUAAAAUAAACAUUCCAUUUGAUGAAUUAAAGAAUUACUUGUCUGAAGCAACAGUUGGUCUGCAUACCAUGUGGAACGAGCAUUUUGGGAUUGGAAUUGUUGAGUGUAUGGCAGCCGGCACGAUUGUCCUUGCACACAACUCAGGGGGCCCGAAGCUCGACAUUGUCGUUCCUCACCAAGGCAAGAGAACUGGGUUUCUGGCUGAAAGUGACGAAGACUAUGCUGAGACUAUGGCCCAUAUUCUUUCCAUGUCUGCGGAAAAGAGACUCCAGAUCAGGAACAAUGCUCGUGCGUCUGUAAGCAGAUUCUCCGAUCAGGAGUUUGAAGUGACGUUCCUAAUGUCUGUGGAAAAAUUAUUUCAGUAAUUCCAUAUCCGUACAAACUAGAGAUAUUUUAUAUAAAAUGGUUAGAUACCUUCAUAUGUUAAUAUUUUUCUAAACUCAUUCCCUAUUGUAAUAAAGUUAGUCUAAGCAAGGCCCUCAGCAGUAUGUAUAUAACCAAGGUAUUUAUUUCGGUGGAAACAGGCAAAAUUACCUAAAUGGAAAAGGUAACCUUAUAUAGUUUAAAUAUAAAAAUUUUAGACUAGUGUUUGGUCUCAAAUUCUGAAAAAUAUGGGUCUGAAAGAAAAAAAUGAACUAUCUUUAUUUUGGUAUAAUCCAUAUUUUUAAAAUCCUAUUUAUCAAAUCACUUUACUUUAGAAACCAGGAAAGAGAAUUUCCUUUUAGAAAAAAGGAAAUACUGGGGAAAAAAUGGGUGAUUGAUAAUUGAUUAGUACUUUAGAAUCAUUUUGACAUUUUUGGAACACAAAAAUUCUGGUACGUUUAAAUUCAAGCAAUAUUGUGGAUAAAAUUUUUGAAUCUAUCUAAUUAUCCUCUUAAAAGAACGAAAACUUUAAGCAGACUUAAUCAUGUUCUAAAAGCAUGUAGUCAAAAGACAGGCUCACUGUGAUUGCUCUGUGUGUGUGUGUGGGCAUGUAGAGACCAGGGUACUGCCAGUAAUCCUUUCCAUUAACUAGGUAUUUGUGAAAAUAGCUUUAUGUUUAGUGCUAUCAGUACAUUUUUAUGGACCUCUCAUUAUCCCUUAACAUUUUCAUGUCCCAGAGGCUAUGAGUCAGCUUUUUGAAGUCAUUCAAGAGGUCUGAGUCAGAACAUCACGGUAAGUUGUUUUUCUGAUAUUGAAGAUGUAAUAUUUGGAUCCAUCCACAUGGUCUCUGUAAUCAGCAUCAUGCAUUGUAAGAUAGUGAGGUGGCCUUUUGAAAAGAGCACUGGACUAGCAGGUAGAAUAGCCGGACCUGACCUCAGCUGCAUCGUUUACAAACAUCUGACCUUUUGACACUAAAGCUGCUCCCUAAUCUUUGAGUGUCAGCUUCUUUCUCUGUAACCUGGAGAUGGUAAUGGCUGUCCUCACUGCCUUUCAUAGUUGUAAUGAAAACAGGGAACACAGAAAGUAUGUGAAAGUACUUUGAAAAUUGUAAAAGUUACUUUAAAGGUAACAAUAUACAGUAAAUGUCAUCUAGAAUCCUAUCUUUAUCAAUGCAUUACGAUCCUGUGUAGAUUCUUGUUACUAAGCCAGUAACUAGGAAUCAGUAUAAUUUAACAGGACUCCUAUCCUGAAUAACUAGCAUGGAAAAGUGAAUAUGUACAUGUGCAGAUAUGGCUGUUGAGACUAUAACUUUUGACAUUUUCUGCAUACAUAAUCACUUCCUUCUAGGUCAGUAAGUUGACCUCCUUCACAGUCUGAUACACCUUUGCGCCAGGGGCAUGUGAAAGAGGUACAUUUUUCCUUUCCAGUCUCCUUGUCCAUUCAUCAAUCCACCCAGCUUCGUUAUCUGCUUCCAAUUACAUUAUUGAUUCGUCUGCAGGCCGUCUUCUCUCAUCAGAUCAAAAAGCACCAAAACAGAGUCCUGGGAUGUUCUGACACACCAAAGUAGCUUUGUGUUGGAGAGUAUUCAAUUUAGAAAAGAAAAACUGGUGGAAAUUGGAGCUGGAAGGAGCCCUACAAAUUCUCUAGUCCAAUUUUCUCUUAUUUUCAACUUUACAGACAGGAACAAUUUAAAGAACUUUGAUUCUGUCAGUAUCACAAAGUUGUUUAAUGACAAAAUCAGGAUUACCACCCGGGGGUUCUGACCCCCAGCCUGGUGCUUUUUCUUAUCUUAUAGCUAGUUUUUGAAGCAAGAUUCAUUACCAUUGCCCACUCAGCCUACCCAUCUACCCAAAGAAAAUCAUGGGACUGAAGAUAAAGAAAUUGAAAUGGACAGAGCAAAAGUAGAGGAUAUAGGAAAGGAAGAAAGGAUUCUGAAAUUCCACAAAACAUUUUUAAGCUAAUUUCUUCAAAAUGAUUUUCAUUUAUCACAAACCUAUCAUUAGAAAAUUUGCAUAUAUGUUUCCUUUCAGUGUUCCUAAUGUGGUGUUAAAUGUUUGUUUGUUUCUGAGUACUUGAUACCAUGAAGAAUGUCAAAGCAAUAUGUCAGCUACUGUCUGCCUGGAGGAAUUGAGUGACUGUUAAUUCCUGUAAGACACUGCUUUUGAGUGGUCCAAACAUGCUGUUUUGAACCUACAGCAGUGGUGAUUCACAUUCUUAUUUCCAGUUGUGCAUAACAAACUACAUGUUACAUGUUCUUUGUAUAGUAAUUAUUUGUAUCUAAAUAUGAUUUAGAUUUAAUAGGUACAAAGUCUAUAUCUAAAUAAGAUGAAAGAAGUGGUUUUAUUAUCUUAGAUACUUUUCCCAGUACAGUGCCUUUAUACCUCUCAUGUAGUCUCCCAAUUCUGAAUUAUUUAUUAUCUACUGCUAAUAUUCCCAAGCUCCACAUGCCAAGAAUUUUUUUUAAAGAAAGAAAAAAGUUUUUAAAGGCAAAACAAAACUGUUUUGCCUCUUGUACCCAAGAAUAGGUUGUCAGGUUUAAUAGAUUUUUUUUAAUGAAUAAAUAAGUGAAGGUGUGUCUGCUAAAUAUGUCAAUGGGUAUAAUGAAAAAGUUACUUCCCACACUACUAUAUAUAAAAUAGAUAACUAAUAAGAACUACUGUAUAGCACAAGGAACUCGAGUAUACUUAAUACUCUGUAGUGACCUGUAUGGGAAAAGAAUCUAAAAAAGAGUGGAUAUAUGUAUAUGUAUAACUGAUUCACUUUGCUGUACAGCAGAAACACAACAUUGUAAAUCAACUAUACUCCAAUAAAAAUUUUUUUAAAAGUUACUUCCACUAAACCACAACAAGAAGCUAUGCAAAUUACUAGAAUCAAAUUAUGCCCAUGUAAUUUGCCCUACCUCACCCACUCUUCCUCUUUCCCCACCCUAAUUAAGGCCACCCUUGGCUUUGGAGAAGCCUCAGUUCCAAUACUCUAGCGCUGUGUGCUCACUUGGAUCAUGCAUAACUGUUAGACGACACUUAGAAGGGAGGUUAAGGGUUGAUAACACUUCUUGGUACUAUUUAAAGAAUGAUCAAGUUGAUAGAUAUACAUAGUUACCAAAACACAUGAUUUUUCUAACAAAAUUUAUUCUAAAGACAUAUGCAAGUCUGAUCAGUAGUUUCAAUUUAACAGAUGUAGCCAAGCCUAAAACCAGAGUAAAGCAAUCAGAACUGGGCCUCAAGAACAUGAUUAAGGUAACAGUGUGUGUAAGAUAGGUAAGGUGAAUUGGGCUGGAGCAGGUUGAAAAACCUUGCAGAUACACAUAUUUAUCACAUUGAAUACUUCCUAAUUUACAGCAAAGAACUCAAAAUCUUAGAAUGAAUGAUAAGGGUGGGUGGCUGUUACCUAAAGGAGAUUUUAGCCAAGCAUCUUGUUAUUGGAGCAAACCUGACAUGUUUAUUCUUAAGCACUGACCUUAAGCAUUCCUUUUUUUUUUUUUCUGUAUAUAAUUGAUCUUUGGGAUUUUUCAGGAACCAUGUUUCAUUUUCCAUGCUUUCAGGUACUGUUUAGAAUGAGGAUGAUACCAGCAGAUUCAGUGUCUGAACCAGAUAAUGUCCUGAAAGUAAAUUAAACAUGUAUAUACUGACCACUAAAAGAGCUGUAGAAUUAAAGAUGCUUCAAUCCCUCAGGGUCAUGUGUUACCUAGUUUGAAACUAACAUAACGGUGAGAAAUUGUUAAAUAUUCUUAGCCUCAUGAUGUGACCAUACUGAGCCCUAAAAGAGUAGAAUGUACUCUAUACACCAAGUUGGGAGAACAGCCCCUCAGACAUAACCAGGAAAAUAAAGAUAGAAAAGACUGGACACAUCCCAGUUAGGGAAAUCUUGAUACUUACAUGCCCCACAUUUAAUAUUAUACCAAAUGUAAAUGCUAAGCAGACCUUAGGAAUAAUUUAACCAACCACUCCUCAUCUUUGUUUACUUGGUUCAGCAAUGCAUCAAUGUGCCAAUUCAGUUUUAUUUUCAUUAUAGACCAGAUAUUUCAGGCCGAAUUCUACCACUUACAUAUAACCACUCUUGUCCUUCAUAACAGCAGGUACAACAAAUAUCUGCUAAGCUCCAGGCGCAUGUUCAACACUGGGAUUGUUAUAAUUAAUACAAAAAGUUUAAAUCUAGUUUCCUGCCUCAAAGAGCUUACAGUCUUAAUGAGGAAAUUGUAUUAGUAUUUACUUACUCAGUUAAGAAACAUUUUUAGCAUGGUGCUAAGCACUAUAUAUAAAAAGAUCAUCAUAAGAAACAAAGACCAGAUACAGUCCCUGCCUUCCAGAAGUUUAUAAUCUAUACAUUUGAAACUAUUAGAAAAUAAUUCAAUGAAACAAUAAAAUUAUUAUUUGGUACAUAAUUGACAUGCCUUGUUCCUCUCCUUGCUCAAUUACCUUACUCCUGUAAGUGUCAACAUCAGCUUCAGAAAAGCAUGUUCAGUAUACCUUAAGAAAUUUCAAAGUCAUGGUUUUAUAAAACGACAGAUUAUUUUAAAUGAAUGAGUUUGUAUAUUAGUUUUCUAUCAUUAGUUACAAAUGACCACAAACUUAGUUAAAACAACAAAAAUGUAUUAUCUUACAGUUCCACAGGUCAGAAAUCUAAAGUGGAUUUCAGUAGGCUAAAACCAAGGCAUUGGCAGAGCUGCAUUCCUUCGACAGGCUUUAGGGGUGAGUCCGUUUCCCUGCCUUUCCCAGCUUCUGCAGGCUACCUGCAUUCCUUGGCUUGUGGCCCCUUCCUCCAUCUUCAAAGGCAGCAGCAUCAAGCUGAAUCCCUCUCAGCUGCCACCUCUCUGGUUCUCUCCUUUCCCUCCCUCCUCUACUUUCAAAGACUCUUGUGCUUACAUUGAGCCCACCUGAAUAAUCCAAGAUAACCUCCCUAUUUUAAGGUCAGCUGAUUAGCAACAUUAAUCCAUCUGCGACCUUAAUUCCCCUCUGCCAGGUAAAAAUAUAUUCACAUCUUUGGGUGCGUGUGGGCUGAGGGGAGCCACAUUACUCUGCCAACCACACAUGAUCUGAAAGAUUUCUUAGCGUAAAAGUAUUAAUUUCUACAUUCAGAAGUUAGUCCUAUUGUCUAAAUUGAGAAGAAAACUAAUAAAGCCUUGGGAUUACUGGAAAACCCUUACAAUAAAUGUAUAUUUAUGACUGUUCCCGAAGAGACACUGUAAUAGAUACUAACUUGUUACUUAAGGAAAAGUUCAAUAAUCACACUUGUAUAUUUUGACUGGUGGUUGAUGUUCCUGGGUCUUCAUCAACAAUACAAAUUUUGUCAUC